AUGGAUUUAAUACUUAAACGACCAUUAGCUAUGAUUCAUCAACUUCAAAGACAACAUUCAUUUUUAACAAUUGAAAAUGUGAAAGAAAUACUUGAUGAAACUGUCUUAUUUUUAAAUACAACUAAUAAUCGAGCAAAUGGUUUACAUGAGUUAGCCACAAUUUGUCAUGAAUUAGCAUCAGUUCAUAUGCUUAUACCAUUUGAUAAUAUAGAAAUCAUAAAACAUGAAUUUUUCAUUAUUCUUGGACGUACAUUUGAAAUGUUAUUAUCAAAAGCAAGAUUAAUCUCUAUGACCAAAGCCGAUGAACAAUAUUUUUAUGACUUAAGUUAUUUUAUAGUCAAUUUAUGUUUACAUAAAAAUAUAGCGGCAUCAAAUUUUUUUAUUGCUAAUAAUGAAAAAUUGAAUCCUAACAAUGAAGAAAAAUACGAUCCCGUAUCAUAUCAAAAAAUCUUUUUCACAAAAUCAUUUUUUCAAAAGUUUAUUAAAAUUAUUACACAUGAUUUAAUUAUUAAUGAUUAUCAACCAUUUCAUGUUAAAUACAAAGUUACUCAUAGUUUACUUCGUCUUUGUAUUGAAUUAAAUGAAAUUGAUCAUAGUUUAUUGAUUGAUCCAAUUAUUCAAUGUUUAAAUUCAAAUUUUUAUCUUAAUACUUUUAAAACAAUUGAUCUUCGUCAAGCAAUUUUUAAUCCUAAACAAUUAUUUUUUAUUUGUGAAUGUCCAGAAUUUAUUAUUCAACGUUGUUUGAAACAACAAGAUCAACUAUCCAAUUUAUUAUGUCUACCAAUGUUGGAAUAUACUCGAGAUAUUCUUAGACAACAUUUACCAGUUUCAUUAGAAGGAGAAGAUUUAGAAAAUAUUGUAUGCAUAAGAGGUGCAAAAAUACAAGCAAUUAGUUUACAUAUUAAACUAUUAAAUCAUUUUGCUUUGACACCAGCAACAAGAAGAUAUUUCAUUAUAGGUAUGUGA